AUGAAGACCUCUGGAGCCUGUCUACUGUUGAGUCUCUUAGCACUCUCCUUGUCCCCAGCUGACUGGUUUCCAUGGGCGGUCGAUGGGCAAGAACUGGAAAGUGCAACUGGAGAAGUUAACACCAACUCUCUUAUCAGCACUCCCGCUGCAGCUGUCACACCACCCGUGCUUCUUAGUCCUGCUGACCUCUGUCUUCCAGUUCAGUCUGACAGUGAAACUACCACAGCUUCAUCAGAUUGUCGUGAAGAAAACUUCCCUUGCACACGCCUGUACUCUGUUCACAAACCAGUAAAGCAGUGCAUCAGCUACCUCUGUGUCACAAGUAUGCGUCGCAUAUACGUAAUAAACAAGGAGGUGUGCUCUCGUACUGUCUGCAAGGAGAAUGAGGUCAUGCAAGAUGAGAUCUGUCGCCAGCUGGCUGGCCUUCCUUCUCGCCGUCUUCGCCGAUCUGGGCAACCCCUGCAUCUCCCUUGCAGACAACUCCUGGAGCAGCAGCGCAGAGGGCCUGAUGCUCUGUGAGCUACCAGCAGUAGGAGGGGAAAAGGAAGGAAGAGAAGAGAAAUCAUCAUCCACUACCUACAACCCAAGACAAGUCCUUCUCAUUUGUGAUUUCCACACCAUUUCCUUGCUUCUCUGCCUUUCCCCACAUCCUCUUCUUAAUUUGCUGCAUUUCACAGAGUCUCCUCUCUGCUAGUGUGUCAUGGUGGCUGUUGUCAUCU